AUGGAUGUCCCCGGCUUCGCAUUGGUCACAGGCGCAGCUUCUGGCAUCGGCAGAGCAUGUGCCCGCGGUUUCGCCCAAGAAGGUUCCGCCGGCAUCGCGCUGCUAGACCUCAACGCAGACGCACUGAAGACCGUCAAGGAGGAGAUUGAAGCCGAGUUUGGAAAAGACCGCAAGAUUGAGUUGCUCACCUACCCCAUCAACGUUGCCAACGAAGAGCAAGUCGUCAAGGUCGUCAACGAAGCAGCCGCCAAGUUUGGGCGGUUGGACUACGUCGUCAACGCCGCCGGCAUCGCCAUCAAGCACCAGGGCGGCGCCGCCUUCGCCAAGACGGAGGACUGGCAGCGCGUGCUCGACGUCAACAUUAACGGAACCUUUUACGUGCUGAGGGCUGCGGCGCAAAUCAUGUUGAAGCAAGAGCCUAUUUUGUCGGCGAUUGACGGCAGACCGUUGCAAAGGGGAUCCAUUGUCAACUUUGGCUCCAUUCAGGGUGUUGUGGGCAUCACGCUCUCUACGGCGUACACGACGACCAAGCACGCCGUCAUCGGGCUGACCCGCACGGCGUCCGAGGACUAUGCCAACCAAGGGCUGCGCAUCAACGCCAUUUGCCCGGGCUACACAGAGACGCCGAUGACGACCAAGAACCCCGAGGUGUUGAAGGCGAUGAAGGAGAGGGUGUCGACCGCGGUGCCGAUGCAGAGGAUGGGACGUCCCAAGGAGAUUGCCGAUGGUGUGUUGUACCUGGCUGGCGGCAGGAGUUCGUUUGUGACUGGGUCUGCGUUGAUGGUGGACGGAGGGUAUACUUCGAGAUAG